AUGGCGAGUAGCGGGUUAGCUGCGGGGUUGAAAGCUCUGUUCAUGGUGUUAGGCUUCAUGAUGGUCGCUACUUUCAUUUAUACUGUCGCUAUUUACGGUCUCCCUCACCGCGACGAGCUCCUCUCUCCGUGGUCAGUGGCAACUUUUGUUGAUUUCUGCAUUAACCUCAUGGCUUUAGUGGCUUGGGUUUCCUACAAGGAAUCGAAUUGGUUUAGUGCAUUGCUGUGGAUAAUUCUUUUAGUUGUCCUUGGCAGGAAUGCUGUGGAAUGUAGGGCAAAAUAUUCACCUAUUAUCAUAGCAAGAAUUGCUUUUAGUGCUUUGGGUUGUCUAAUGUUGGGGACUUUACUUUACACUCUCUUCACUUACGGUCACCCUUUCCGCAAAGAGCUUUUAACUCCGUAA